CUGGUUUGGAGUCUGCCACCACGCUCAAACAUCACUCACCACACAAAACUCCCAAUUCCAAAACAAAACUCGAACAAGUAAAAUCCAGUUCAAACUUCAGUUCAGUUCAAUUCAAUGGCUUCUUCCAUAUGUGCUCUCUCUCCUUCCGUCCCAUCACACCUCACUAAAACCACUCUCCCUCUUUUUCAAGGAAGCAAGUGCGAAAUGAGCCGGAGGACUUUUGCGGUUAAGGGAAUUGUGGCCUCCGGCGUUUCGGUCUCCUCUUCCACUCUCACCGCGGAAGCUCUGCCGUCUUCCAAUGGUUUUGAAAGAUUGCCGUACAAAGCAGAAGGGUACAAUUAUUGGACAUGGAGGGGUCAUAAAAUACACUACGUUGUGCAAGGAGAAGGUUCCCCCAUUGUUCUUAUUCAUGGUUUUGGGGCCUCUGCGUUCCACUGGAGGUACAACAUUCCAGAAUUGGCUAAGAAACAUAGGGUAUAUGCCAUAGACUUGCUUGGAUUUGGGUGGAGUGACAAAGCACUUAUCGAUUAUGAUGCCAUGGUGUGGAGGGAUCAAGUGGUGGACUUCGUGACGGAAAUAGUAAAAGAACCAGCAGUUUUAGUUGGAAAUAGCCUCGGAGGAUUUACUGCUUUGGUUGCAGCAAUUGGGUUGCCUGAGCUUGUAAAUGGAGUUGCUCUACUAAAUUCUGCUGGACAAUUUGGUGAUGAGAAAAGGGAAAGUAAAACUUCUGAAGAAACAGCUCUACAAAAGUUUGUCCUAAAGCCUUUGAAGGAAGUUUUCCAGCGUGUAGUUCUUGGAUUUUUGUUCUGGCAGGCAAAGCAACCAGCUCGCAUUGUGUCAGUUCUAAAAAGUGUGUAUAUAAAUUCUUCCAAUGUGGAUGACUAUCUCGUGGAAUCUAUAACAAGGCCAGCUCAAGAUCCAAAUGCUGGAGAAGUUUAUUACAGGUUAAUGACACGGUUCAUGAUGAAUCAGAGCAAGUACACUCUAAAUGCUGUCUUAAGUGAACUAUCUUGCCCGUUAUUGUUGCUCUGGGGCGACCUUGACCCUUGGGUUGGUCCAGGAAAGGCUAAUCGAAUCAAAGAGUUCUAUCCAAAAACGACUCUUGUAAACUUGCAGGCUGGGCAUUGUCCACAUGAUGAGAUACCAGAGCUUGUGAACAAGGCUUUAUUGGAUUGGUUGACAACCCUCACACCUGAAGUGACUCUCCAAACUGUUUGAACAUGUAUUUAUUUUAUUAAACCAAUCAGAUACGAGUUGUUGAUUCACUUUUUAGUUUCAAGUGGUUAAUACUAGUUAUCAGCAUACUUUGUAUACAAAGAACUGGGUAAAGACUACUCAGGAUACAGAACAUGAUGGCAAGAAUACAUUACAAGUUAGUUA